GCCCAACGCUUUCGGGUUCCCCAAUUUUUCUCGUCCUAUUUAAAACAAAAAUAACAAAACCAGACACACUUUCUGAAAACCAAGAAAAAGAAAUUAUACUUUCAAUGAAUUCCCAUACUAAAAUGGCCGUUAAUUCAUCCACUCACUGCGCACUUCCUCUCAACCGUCCUCUUCUACGUCGUGUACCUCCUGCUUUCUUUAUUCGGACCUCAACCAGACCAAUUUUCUCCAACGGAGCUCCGAAACCGAGACUCGUUUCAGUCCGGGCCAGUAACGACGGGUUUGGAUCCAAGAAUUCGGUGAAUUUGAAAAAUUCCGAAGCUCAGGUUGGGGUUUCGAGUUCGUCUACGUCGUCGGCUGUUGAUUUUCUGACAUUGUGUAAUCGUCUGAAGACAACGAAAAGGAAAGGAUGGAUCAAUCAUGGGAUAAAGGGUCCGGAAUCAAUUGCUGAUCACAUGUACCGCAUGGCUUUGAUGGCUUUGAUCGCUGGUGACAUUCCUGGCGUGGAUAGAGAAAGGUGUAUUAAAAUAGCAAUUGUGCAUGAUAUCGCGGAAGCUAUUGUUGGAGAUAUAACACCAUCUGAUAAUGUGCCUAAAGAAGUAAAGAGCAGAAUGGAGCAGGCGGCUUUGGAUGAAAUGUGCAAAGUUCUUGGUGGCGGGAUGAGGGCUGAAGAGAUCAGAGAACUUUGGGCAGAAUAUGAAAAUAAUGCUUCCAUAGAAGCUAAUCUUGUGAAAGAUUUUGACAAAGUUGAGAUGAUUCUGCAGGCACUGGAAUAUGAAAUAGAACAUGGGAAGGUGCUAGAUGAGUUUUUCCUUUCAACGGCAGGAAAAUUUCAGACAGAGAUAGGAAAGAAAUGGGCAGCUGAGAUUAAUCAUAGAAGAAAUUCAAGGUUGGCAAACAAACUUGAAUAACGUCCUAGUUCGAUUAGCUUUGUUUGUCAUGUAAAACAAACCCUUUUUGAAGGGUUCAUCAUGGGAUGGCGUGCCCUUUCAUCCGGACAUGCCCUCCUCUUUCAUUUCCCUUUUUGUCUUUGGGUUGGAUAACUACCAACAGUUAAUCUGCAAGCAACCAAAAGGGGUUGCUAUUAGCAAAUGAAUAACCAUAGCAUCAAACUCUUGUAAUCGAGUCCAGCAUAGAAGUUCUGUAUCUAGGUGGUACCAAGGACAAGCAUGCUGUAAUUUUAUGUACUGAAGCUGUCAUCUUUUGAAUAUACAAGGAAUUUUCAGUUUCCUAAUGUAAAAGCUGGAAGAACUCUUUCUAUCUUAAAUUCUCUCAAUAUUCGAUUGUUUGUGCAUUCACAGUCAAAUUUUA